GCGCGGCCCAGUAAGGCGGUGGCCGAGUCCUCUGGCCGCAGACGCGGAGGCGGGUGGCCAGCUGAGCCCUUCGGACUCCAUCGCCGUCGGGAGCCGGCCUCUGGGAGCCCGCCGCAAUGGGACCGGGCUGAGCGUCCCUCCCGCUGGCGGGGCAACAGCGCGGUCCAGGAUGGAGAGGUCUGCGGCUCGGGGCCCGGACGCGGACCCGGGCCUCGAGGCGGUGCUGGGCCCUGAGGCAGUGCUGCGCUUCUUGGCGGAGCGCGGGGGCCGGGCCCGGCACGCCGAGCUGGUGCAGCACUUCAAGGACUCCUUAGGCGGCGAACCCGAGCAGCGCGCCCGCGCCCGCGCGCGCUUCAAGGAGCUGGUGAACGCAGUGGCCACGGUGCGCGUCGAUCCCGCCGACGGCGCUAAGUACGUGCACCUCAAGAAGAGGUUCUGUGCGGGGCCGCCGGCGCCAGCCGGGGACCCGCCAAGAAUCCAGGUGACCGCCGAGCCUGAGGCCUCCGACGGCCAGGCCUGGCCCGAGGUGCGCGAUCCGCUCCCCGACGCAGCGGUCUCGGAGGCGCACCCCGGACGGGGCCUGGAGCCUGGCGAGGGGGAGCCCCCGGCCGCUGCGCACAGGCCACCCCUGAGCGCCGGGGCUCCCUGGAAGAACUCGCGGCGCGACGUGCAGCCCCUACCCCGGACGCCGGCCCCGGGGCCUGGCGAGGACCUGGAGCCCCCGCCCCAUGGCUGCGAGGAGGCGGACAGGGCCAGCUCACUUGGGGGGGCCAUCGCGCCGAGGCCGGCCCGCCAGAAUUUCCGCGACCUGGUGAUGGGCAGCUCCCCGCAGCUGAGGAGGAGCGUGGGUCCCGGGGGCAGCAGCCCGGGCAGCUCCUCCGGGGGAGGACGCAGCAGAGGUGGGGGCGACUCAGACAGCGCAUCGGUGGCCUCGUCCGUGGAGGAGGAGAGCAGCGGCGGGGGCUCCGUGACGCUGGACCCCCUGGAGCACGCCUGGAUGCUCUCUGCCUCCGAUGGCAAGUGGGACAGCCUGGAGGGCUUGCUCACCUGCGAUCCCAGCCUGCUGUUCAAACGGGACUUCAUUACUGGCUUCACCUGCCUGCAUUGGGCGGCCAAGCACGGAAGGCAGGAGCUUCUGGCCAUGCUAGUCAACUUCGCCAACAAGCACCAGCUGCCGGUGAACAUCAACGCCAGGACGAGCGGGGGUUACACCGCCUUGCACUUGGCAGCCAUGCACGGGAACAUAGAGGUGGUGAAGCUGCUGGUGGGGGCCUACGACGCCGAUGUGGAAAUCAGGGACUACAGUGGGAAAAAGGCCUCCCAGUACCUGAGUCAGAGCAUCGCUGAAGAGAUCAAGAACCUGGUGGGAGCUCUGGAGGAGGAAGACGGGGAAAGCGCCACAGGCAGCGGCGGUGGGCGCUGGAGGCUUUCAAAGGUGCUUCCCUCGCACCUCAUCACCUACAAAUUCUCACACCCCUUAGAAGAUGGAGGAGACCAUCAUCACCACCACCAUCACCACUCGGCUGAGGGGUGGGUCGGAGGCAAAGCCAAGGAUCCAGGGCGCAAAGCCUCCGGCUGCUCUAGUGGACGUAUAAAACCCAGACUCAACAAAAUCCGCUUCAGAACCCAGAUUGUCCACACCACACUCUCUUUCAGGGACCCAGAACAGCCACAGGAGGAUGUCGAGGAUGAGGAGGAAGUAGAGGAGGAACGAUCUGUUAAAGGCCGCUCGUCCUCCUUCAAAUUGAGACCAAAGUCCAAUGUAUUUGGGUAAAAAUGGUUUCUUUUAGAAAAUGCAAAGACUUGUCUUAGAAAUUCAAUAGUAGGUGUUGUAAGUAAAUGAGACUAGAAAGACAAGGUAAAUUAUGCAUUCUUACUUGAGGGAUUGGAAUGGAUGGGGCAGAGUUCCCUUCAAGCUAGGCUUCUGGGGAAAGUGAAUUUCUUUUUAAGAGAUUCAUUAUACCUUGACCUGUGCCUCUUCUGUGCCCUCCACUUCUCUGUCCUGGAGUCCGUUUCUGGAGACUAGAAAUGGACCUAAAUUGGGGGAACAGAAUGAAUCAAUGAGAGUUCCUUUACUUUAACCAUUCCUGGUUGCCUGCAAAGUAAGGAAUACAGAAUGAAUGAAUGAGAGUUCCUUUACUUUAACCAUUCCUGGAUGCCUGCAAAGUAAGGAAUUGUGCACUUUUAUGUACCUGAUUUUAUAAGGGGUUACUCUUUCAAGAGCAACAGAAAAACGCAAAUUGUAACGGAACCAGUAGUAUUUUUAAGUGUGAAAACAACUUACUGCCCCGUUUUUUUUUUUACUAAUUUGCAUAUUAAGGUACUACUGAAGGUUAGAUCAGAGUUGAAAUGUAAAAAUACUAAUUAGAGAAUAAUGUGAAUAAAAUGAGAAUUCCCUUGGUAUUCUAUGUGUAUUGUAAGUCACAGUUCAAUUAUUUUUUUAAAAGCAAUUUCAGUUUUAAUCGCUGAACUAAAGAAACAGGCAACAUUCACUUCUGUGGUAUGGUUUCCACCAAACUAUCUCUAACACCACUAUUAAGGUACACUAAUAACAGCACAAAAUUUUAUUUAAGGAAGAUAGCACUUAGCAACCUAUGGUGCUUUUAAAUAAAAUAUUGCCUCUUGUUGUGAUUCUCACAUUUGUGUUACUAUUCUAAAAGUUUGAAUUUGCUGGGGUUUUUAUUUUGAGGAUCAUAUAACCAUUGUUCUAUUUGGCAUAACCCUAUUUAAUGGUACUUAGAGCUGAAUCACCUACAGAAACUGUUUCUGAUUUCAAUAAUUAGCACAAAUUGCCCUAAGUAUUAGUGAGCCCAUGUUUCUGUGAAGUAAUUAUUAAACAACUUAAUGAUUCUCACAUAAGAUACACUUUAUUUUAAUACAUUAGUAGUUACUGUGACUUGUAGCAAUGUUGCAUAUAUUUAAAAUCCUGAACUUAAUUUUCCAACCUUUUCUUGACAAUUAGAUACCUGUCUUGUAGGUACUGAAAAUCUGGGUAGAAAAUCUAUCCGGUUAAAAUGGCACUUUAUAAAAGGGAAUAGAGAAGAGAUGGGACUAUUUCUAUAUUUGAAUGCUGCUGGGUAUUAAAUUCCUUUGUAUAUAAAUGAAAAAUACCAUUCAUUAAA